UUUCUAAUUCCUCUCCCCUCCCCUCUCAGCCUGCGCGGAACAGGCACGCGGUCAUUCGUCGGAGCCAAGUGGAGAAGCGGCUGCCCGGGAGGAAAGUAUGUCCGCGCGGAGCUCGCUAAUACAGAGCGUCUUCACGGUACCGUUCGAGCCUAAAUUCAGCAAGCGGGGGCCAGCGGAAUGACGGGGACAACAGUUACGGGAAUUUUUCGUCCGAACACGGUCUCUACUCGAGACUGAGGAACUUCUGUCAUCUAAGUCACUUUGAGGAGGAAAAAAGAAACAACUCGGUACUUUUAUUUUAAACAUGGACUCCCUUGGAGAUUCUAGCUCAGCCGGGGAUGGCUUAGUGGAACGGAGGAGCAGUCCCGGUCGCGCUGAUCUCAGUGGGCUCUACCGCGUGGGUCGGACGCUGGGCCGAGGCCACUUUGCCGUGGUCAAACUGGCACGUCAGGUCAACACCGGACAGCUGGUGGCUGUGAAGAUCAUUGACAAGACAAAACUUGAUGUAUUGGCGGCGAGCCACCUCCUACAGGAAGUCAGGUGCAUGAAGCUGGUACAGCAUCCCAAUGUGGUUCAGCUCCACGAGGUCAUCGACACCCCCACCACACUCUACCUAGUCAUGGAGCUGGCAGAAGGGGGUGACCUCUACGACUACAUUCUCCGUCACGACGGGGGCGUGGCCGAGGGAACCGCCAAGCGUCACUUCGCCCAGAUCGUCCAAGCCGUGGCGUACUGCCACCGGCUGCACGUGGUGCAUCGGGACCUGAAGCCCGAGAAUGUGGUGUUCUUCCCCCAGCAGGGAACCGUGAAGCUGACAGACUUUGGGUUUAGCAACUUAUUCAAGCCUGGCAUCAUGUUGGCCACCAGCUGUGGGUCGCUGGCGUAUUCUGCUCCGGAGAUUCUGUUGGGAGAAGAGUACGACGCCCCAGCUGUUGAUAUCUGGUCGCUGGGGGUCAUCCUGUACAUGCUGGUGUGUGGAGUCCCUCCCUUCCAGGAAACCAACGACAGUGAGACUCUGGUCAUGAUCCUGGACUGUCGCUACUCCGUCCCAGAACACAUUUCUGCCAACUGCAGAGAUCUGAUCUCCAGGAUGCUGCAGAGGGAUCCCUCUCGCCGAGCUUCACUUGAAGAGAUCGAGGGUCAUCAGUGGCUGGAGGGUCUAGAUAACAAUCUCCUCAGUCCAGAGCCCCCGCCACACUGGCUUUCCGGGGCCCUCUCACCUGGCUCCCCCUGCCCCGGAGCUCCUGAGUGUGGGGACCUCCUCGCUGCCAAGCCCUCGACUCGGCAGGCUUUCCCGGGACCGUGGCAGCCCAGCCUCAGCUUCAGCCUCCGACCUCCACCAGCCGAGGAGCCUCCUGUUAGCAAGACACUCCCAGCCCUUCAGUUGAUCUGUGAGGAGGAGGAGGAGGAAGAGGAGGAGGAGGAAGAGGAGGAAAAAGAGAGUCUGGUGAAAGGAGAAGCUGAGGAGACGGUGGAACUAGCAGGCAAUGAACAAGUUAAGGAGGAGGAGAAGCUACGGUUGGAAAACACAAAUGAAGACAGCGGAUGUGUGAUUUCCGAUCAACCUGUCAGUCAGGGGGAGGAGUCGCUCAGUCAGACUCCCGAAGCCCCGCCUUCGUCCCUGCGCAGCUUUGCCGUGUCGUGCUGUCAAAGUCAGCCAUACAUCUCUGCUGAAGAGGAGGGGCAGGAUGAAGAGCCCAACAACAACACCAACAAAUCUUUUCACGCUCUCCCACACUCCGCAUCCUGCCACUCCUGCCUCCCUGCGUCCUCGGCCAGUCCGGAUGGAACGCACGGCAAAUCGGGCGGAUGUAUGCAAGAUGACCUCCUAAAGGAGAGAUCCCAGUCGCAGAGUGUGCUGGACACGCGGGAUGAGUCCGCCUUGAGGGCGGACCACGGCAAACGGCACAGCGUCAAGCUGCGUGAAAGACUCUUCCAGUUCCCUCUGUGCGAGAAAGCCCUGGCCUUCAACAUACCCACACACAACAAGCCCAAGAUCCUGCCGCUAGCGCAGUACAACUGCUGCCAUGUGCUUUGAGCGGCGAGCGCUGCCUGCUGUGCUGCACGCUCUAUGGAGGCCGGGGAGCUGCCAGGCCAAACGCAGGGAUGAGCAAGUGCCUCUGGGCGAGGGGGGGGACCACUUCAGCUUCAUUCGCACAAACACUCAGUGCUCAUGAAGAAACUCUGCUGUGGUGGAAGAUGGCGUGCUGCACAGCGGUCACACUCACCUGAAGGUCAACCAUUUGCUGCUGUGUACAGGAGCGACCCGAACAGACGCGGUUUCCCAUCCGGAGCCUGGAAGCUCAGUAACAAGAGGACGACGACUGCAAGAAGUGGUUUUGGAAUAAGCUAAUUCUGUUUGUUUUUGAAGGUGCCUGUUAGAAAAUAUGUUCCGAUAUAUUUAUUCAGUGAAACACAGAACUUAAUAUAAAUAAACGGAAAUGUCCUUUUUGUAUUUGGGUGUAGAAUCAUUGAUAUUAGACCCUGAACGAAGAACAGAAACAGAAACAGCUUUAGGAUUACUUUAAUGCAACUAAAUUGAAGUUUUUGCAUCUGCAACUGACAGAAUCUGUCUUUCAUUUAGUUUGUGACCACAGCAGAGAUUCUUCCUCUAAGCUUUUUUAAACAAUGUUUGCGUUUGGUUUUUCUCCAUUUGGUCCAUCCUCAAAUCAUCAUCAUCACCACCUGAGCUUGGAUGAUGAUCUGCGGUUUGAGAGCUUGCAUCCUUACAAAAUAAGUCUUGGUUUGUAAAGGCUGUCUAAAGCUACGUUCACACUGCCUCAAGCCACCAAUUCUGAUGAAGUCUUUUUCGGGCUUCUGUGUUUAAAACUGUCAUUCGGGCGUCGCUACACAAGUUGUUACGACCGUUCUCGGGCUCCACGAACAAAACGCGCAGCCAUUGAACUUGUGUUAAAAGUGAAACCAAACUUUAUAACCAAUCAGGGACUCAGAUUUGGUAGAGAUUAUCAAUGACGACUCCUUAAUUCACAGAAAUGCCAAUUGUUUGAAAAUUGAUCAUGGAAGAGAAAUUAAUAAUUGCCAGAAUUCUAUGUCACCAAGUCGGUCAUUAAUCGGAAUAAAGCUGUGAAAGAAAAAGCCUGGAGCAAGAUUUGUGCAGCUUCGACAUUUUGCAGCUUCGUCUCUUCCAACUGUAGCUGCUAGGAAGCGGUAGAAAAGAAGAAGCCCCUCCCUGCUCCUGCAGUGUGAACUCCAUGGGCUAAGCAUGCGUUUCAUCAUGAGCACUCACGAAUGCACGUUGAGCGCAUCAUAUGCACGGUGUCAACGUAACUUUCCACACCUUUUCCACCAAACUUUUCAUCCUAAUUUUUUAUUGAGACUUCUUUUUUGUGGUCAUUUUAGUGUUGAUCUAAACGUCAGUCCUGUGUGUUGCAAAUGCAAACACUUUAAUAGGUGUGAAGAUCUUAUUUAAGACUGUUUUAUGUGCAGCUGCAGGGUAGCACUUGUUCUUCUUUUGCACAACUUGCUCGUCACUGGUUUGAAAGCUUUUAAUAGAAGCUAGCUCUUAAAAAUAAAUGUUUUUAUGAUGUAAGCUCUGAUAUUGCUGUACAUUUCACAGCCAUGAAUCAAGUAUGCUCUGACGGCUCUUAAUUUAAUGGUUGAUGGGGUCAAUAACUGGGAUGCGGGCCUCCCACAGUCUGUUUUCAGUACAAACAUUUCAUAUCUGACCAUAGCUGUUUCUAUUUUGAGGUGUGAGGAUCUCGAGUCUUGUUCUUUUAUAACACUGUUAAGAUAUUGAUUCUCAGACCAGAUGUGCAAUGUUGCAUGUAGUUUGUGGCAGUAUACAUGCACGUGUUCUGAUGGAACAGUUGUUGCUCUUGUGUGAUGAACAGCACAGUAUUAACUGUAGCCAGCAGUCUCCCUCAUGAAGUAUCCUUGUUUUUUCUCCAAACAUUAGCUCUGUUUUCCUUUUGUAAAGUAACAGAAGGACCAGUCUGCACAGUGGGUGGCAACCUGCUUAAAUCGGGACAGGCUGUGGCGUCAAAUCUGGUUAUGACGCGUGGAUCAUCCGCCUGGAGCUUAUAUUAUGAGCAAAAGAGAAAUAAAAGAAUGAGUUCCUGUGUGGUUGUAGCUCGUCCCCCCUCACUGUCUGCUGACCCGCAUUUAAACUAGGACCACGCCUUUCGAGGAACCUAUUUUUCUGUAAUUAUUUAUUAAAAUGGAUAAACUCAACCAA